AUGACAACAACCUAUCAUGAUUAUGAUCUAGAAGAGCCGUUGACCUCAAAUGCCAGACCUUUAAAGAAUUCAGUAAUUACUAUUAGAAUAAUAAAAUCUUUCCCAUAUAGAAACGUCAAGAACAUAGUGUUGCAUGAUUAUGAUCUCGCUGACAAAACUGCAAAGGAUUUGUUCAUUGAAGUUAUGAAAAGAAUCCAGAAUGAAGGUUCGUUGAGACCGUUCCGCAAUGUUAAGUAUGAUACUCUAAAGAUAUAUACACACGCACAUGGUUCCAAGACAGUUAAUCUUGUAAUUAAUUUCGAUCACGAUGAUGACUGGAUUUUAGAUCCUGAAAAUGAGGAAAAGAAACUGUUUGAAUACGGCAUUGAGAAUGAAACUGAGAUUUCGCUCUUCAACAGGGGUGAUUACCUAAGGUUUAAAGAGAAUCCUGAAGAGAAAUGGUGA